CGGCGGCGGCGGCGGCGGCGGCCCCUCCUCACCCGAACAUCAGGGCCCUCCAGACCCAGGCGCCCCAACAAAUUCCUAGAGGACCUGUGCAGCAACCCCUUGAGGAUCGAAUUUUUACUCCCUCAGUCUCAGCAGUCUAUAGCACGGUAACACAAGUAGCACGACAGCCGGGACCUCCAACCCCUUCCCCUUAUUCAGCACAUGAAAUAAACAAGGGGCAUCCAAAUCUUGCGGCAACGCCCCCGGGACAUGCAUCGUCCCCUGGACUCUCUCAAACCCCUUAUCCCUCUGGACAGAAUGCAGGUCCAACCACGUUGGUAUACCCUCAAGCCCCUCAGACAAUGAAUUCACAACCUCAAACCCGUUCUCCGCCCAGCAGAACAGUGCCAAUACAUUGCACAGACAACUGGAAGAGGAGGAAGGUUUUGGAACAGACUCCCGUUUACAGGUCCUUGGCUGGAAGAGGCUGGAUAAAAUACUGCAUUUUUGCAGCGGGGCCUCGACCUGCCCAUCAUCAGUUUUUCCAGAGGCCUCAAAUACAGCCUCCUAGAGCCACCAUCCCAAACAGCAGUCCUUCCAUUCGUCCUGGUGCACAGACCCCCACUGCAGUGUAUCAGGCCAAUCAGCACAUCAUGAUGGUUAACCAUCUGCCCAUGCCGUACCCAGUGCCCCAGGGUCCUCAGUACUGUAUACCACAGUACCGUCAUAGUGGUCCUCCUUAUGUUGGGCCCCCACAGCAGUAUCCAGUUCAACCACCGGGACCAGGUCCUUUUUAUCCUGGACCAGGACCAGGGGACUUCCCCAAUGCAUAUGGAACGCCUUUUUACCCAAGUCAGCCAGUGUAUCAGUCUGCACCUAUCAUAGUGCCUACGCAGCAACAGCCCCCUCCAGCUAAGAGAGAGAAAAAAACUAUAAGAAUUCGAGAUCCAAACCAGGGAGGUAAAGACAUAACUGAGGAGAUUAUGUCUGGAGGUGGCAGCAGAAACCCCACUCCACCCAUAGGAAGACCUACAUCCACACCUACUCCUCCCCAGCAGCUGCCCAGCCAGGUCCCUGAGCACAGCCCUGUGGUUUAUGGGACUGUGGAGAGCGCUCAUCUUGCUGCCAGCACCCCUGUCACUGCAGCUAGCGACCAGAAGCAAGAAGAGAAGCCAAAACCAGAUCCAGUGUUAAAGUCUUCUUCCCCAGUCCUUAGGCUAGUCUUUAGUGGGGAGAAGAAGGAACAAGCAGGCCAGACAUCUGAGACUACUACAAUAGAAUCCAUACCAGAGCUUCCUCUGCCUCCAUCACCUACCACUGUUUCUCCAGUUGCUCGAAGUACAGUUGCUUCCCCCACCUCUGCUACUCUUAGUAGUCAAGCAAUAUUCACUGCUGCUGUAGAUGACAGACAUGAACUCUCUUCCUCAAAAGAAGAUACAGUACCUAUACCCAACCCCAUAUCUUGCACAGAAACAUCAAACCCUUCACCAACAAUUGAAAUUGACAACGAUAUAUGCAAGAAACCCUGUAGUGUAGCAGCUAAUGAUAUUCCACUGAUUUCUAGUACUAACCUAAUUAAUGAAAUGAAUGGAGUUAGUGAAAAAUCUCCAGCCACAGAAAGCAUUGUGGAAAUGGUAAAACAUGAGGUGUUGCCACUGACUCUUGAAUUGGAAAUUCUGGAAAAUCCCCCAGAAGAAGUGAAAGUGGAGCGGAUUCCACUUCCCAUCACCCCUUCCACAGUUUCUUCCUUCUCUCCAGCUCCUCCAACUCCUCCAGCUUCUCCUCCCACUUCAGUCAUUGUUGCUGCCACCACUACCGUUAAUAUUCUGAGUGCUCCCACUGUAGUCCAGAGAGUCUUGGAAGAGGAAGAGAGCAUAAGAACUUGCCUUAGUGAAGAUGCAAAAGAGAUUCAAAACAAAGCUGAGGUAGAAGCAGAUGGGAGAACAGAAGAGAUUAUGGAUUCUCAGAAUUUAAUUUCAAGAAAGAGUCCUGUCCCAGCUCAAACAAUUACGACUGUACCAAAGAUGUGGAAGAAACCAAAAGAUCGGACCAGAACCACUGAAGAAGUCUUAGAGGCAGAAUUGGAGCCUAAAGCUGAAGAGGAGUUUUCAAUUGACAGAGUACUUGAAUCUGAACAAGAUAAAAUGAGCCAAGGGUUUCAUCCUGAAGGAGAGCCCUCUGACCUAAAAAAGGUGAAAACUGUGGAAGAAAACGGAGAAGAAGCUGAGCCUGUGCGUAAUGGUGCUGAGAGUAUUUCUGAGGGUGAAGGAGUAGAUGCUAAUUCAGGUUCCACUGAUAGUUCUGGUGACGGGAUCACAUUCCCAUUUAAACCAGAAUCCUGGAAGCCUGCUCAUACUGAAGGCAAGAAACAGUAUGACAGGGAUUUUCUGCUGGACUUCCAGUUUAUGCCAGUCUGUAUCCAAAAGCCAGAAGGCCUGCCUCCUAUCAGCGAUGUGGUUCUUGACAAGAUCAACCAGCCCAAAUUGCCAGUGCGAACUCUGGAUCCUCGAAUUUUACCUCGAGGACCAGACUUUACUCCAGCCUUUGCAGAUUUUGGAAGGCAAACACCCGGUGGAAGAGGUGUACCUAUUUGCAAAAUGCAGAGGAGGCACGGAUUACCAAUUCUGGAACAGAGCAAAGCCCCAAGUUGUACUCCACUGUUGUUGAAUGUUGGGCCACGGAGGUCUCAACCUGGCCAGAGAAGGGAACCCAGAAAGAUCAUCACAGUUUCUGUAAAAGAAGAUGUGCACCUAAAAAAGGCAGAGAAUGCGUGGAAGCCCAGCCAAAAACGAGAUAGCCAAGCUGAGGAUCCUGAAAAUAUUAAAACUCAGGAACUUUUUAGAAAAGUUCGAAGUAUCUUAAAUAAAUUGACACCGCAGAUGUUCAACCAACUGAUGAAGCAAGUGGCAGGACUCACUGUUGACACAGAGGAGCGGCUGAAAGGAGUCAUUGACCUGGUCUUUGAGAAGGCUAUUGAUGAACCCAGUUUCUCUGUGGCUUACGCAAACAUGUGUCGAUGUUUAGUAACGCUGAAAGUACCCAUGGCAGAUAAACCUGGUAACACAGUAAAUUUCCGGAAGCUGUUACUAAACCGUUGCCAGAAGGAGUUUGAAAAAGAUAAAGCAGAUGAUGAUGUAUUUGAGAAAAAGCAGAAAGAACUCGAAGCUGCCAGUGCUCCAGAGGAAAAGACAAGGCUUCAUGAUGAACUAGAAGAAGCCAAGGAUAAAGCCCGGAGGAGAUCUAUUGGUAACAUUAAGUUUAUUGGGGAACUCUUUAAACUCAAAAUGCUGACCGAAGCCAUCAUGCAUGACUGCGUGGUGAAGCUGUUAAAGAACCAUGAUGAAGAAUCCCUAGAGUGCCUGUGUCGCCUUCUCACUACCAUUGGCAAAGACCUGGACUUUGAGAAAGCAAAGCCCCGUAUGGACCAGUACUUUAAUCAGAUGGAGAAAAUUGUGAAAGAAAGAAAAACUUCAUCUAGGAUUCGAUUCAUGCUUCAAGAUGUAAUAGACCUAAGACUGUGUAAUUGGGUAUCUCGAAGAGCAGAUCAAGGGCCUAAAACCAUCGAACAGAUUCAUAAAGAGGCCAAAAUAGAAGAACAAGAAGAACAAAGAAAGGUCCAGCAGCUCAUGACCAAAGAGAAAAGAAGACCAGGUGUCCAGAGAGUGGAUGAAGGUGGGUGGAACACUGUACAAGGGCCCAAAAACAGUCGAGUACUAGACCCGUCAAAAUUCCUGAAAAUCACUAAGCCCACAAUUGAUGAGAAAAUUCAACUCGUACCUAAAGCACAGCUGGGUAGCUGGGGAAAAGGCAGCAGCGGUGGAGCAAAGGCAAGUGAGACUGAUGCCUUACGGUCAACCACUUCCAGUUUAAAUAGAUUCUCUGCACUGCAACCUCCAGCGCCCUCUGGAUCCACGUCAGCUACACCUUUAGAAUUUGAUUCCCGAAGGACCUUAACCAGUCGUGGGAGCAUGAGCAGGGAGAAGAAUGACAAGCCAGUUCCUUCUGCAGCAGCUCGUCCAAACACUUUCAUGAGGGGCAGCAGCAGUAAAGACUUAUUAGACAAUCAGUCUCAGGAAGAGCAGCGGAGAGAGAUGCUGGAGACUGUGAAACAGCUGACGGGAGGCAUAGAGGUGGAGAGGAAUAGCACAGAGGCUGACCGAAACAAAGCAAGGGAGUCAGGGAAAUCAGAGAUUUCAGCAAUGUCAGCCCCUGAGAAGCCUACAUUAUCAGAAGAAGAAAUGGAGAGGAAGUCUAGACCUAUCAUUGAUGAAUUUCUGCACAUUAAUGAUUUUAAGGAAGCCAUGCAAUGUGUGGAAGAGCUGAACGCCCAAGGCCUCCUACAUGUGUUCGUGAGAGUGGGAGUGGAGUCUACUCUAGAGAGGAGCCAGAUCACCAGGGAUCACAUGGGUCAGUUACUCUAUCAGCUGGUGCAGUCAGAAAAACUCAGCAAACGGGACUUUUUUAAAGGUUUUUCAGAAACCUUGGAAUUGGCAGAUGAUAUGGCCAUUGAUAUUCCCCAUAUUUGGUUGUACCUUGCUGAACUGGUGACCCCCAUGUUAAAAGAAGGUGGAAUCUCCAUGAGAGAACUUAUUAUAGAAUUUAGCAAACCUUUACUUCCUGUUGGAAGAGCUGGGGUCUUGCUUUCUGAAAUACUGCACCUUCUAUGCAAACAAAUGAGCCAUAAGAAAGUAGGAGCCUUAUGGAGGGAGGCUGACCUCAGCUGGAAGGACUUUUUACCAGAAGGGGAAGAUGUACAUAAUUUUCUCUUGGAGCAGAAGUUGGACUUUUUAGAGUCUGACAGUUCCUGUUCCUCCGAAGCACUUUCAAAGAAAGAACUCUCUGCUGACGAGUUGUAUCAGCGCCUCGAGAAACUCAUUAUUGAGGAGAAAGCAAAUGAUGAGCAGAUCUUUGACUGGGUAGAGGCUAAUCUAGAUGAGAACCAAAUGAGUUCACCUACAUUCCUUAGAGCUUUAAUGACAGCUGUUUGUAAAGCAGCUAUUAUAGCUGAUUCUUCUACCUUCAGAGUAGACACUGCUGUUAUCAAGCAGAGAGUGCCGAUCUUACUCAAGUACCUGGACUCAGAUACAGAGAAGGAACUGCAAGCACUUUAUGCACUACAAGCAUCAGUAGUAAAACUUGAUCAACCUGCCAAUUUGCUCCGGAUGUUCUUUGAUUGCCUAUAUGAUGAGGAGGUGAUAUCUGAGGAUGCCUUCUACAAAUGGGAGAGCAGCAAGGACCCUGCAGAGCAAAAUGGGAAGGGCGUGGCCCUGAAAUCUGUCACAGCAUUUUUCACAUGGCUGAGGGAAGCAGAAGAGGAGUCUGAGGAUAACUAAAACUUCAAAUACACAAAGCAAAACAAAAGAAACAACUUAAGUAUUUUUUUAAAAGAGUUUUACGUCUUCGCCAAUCACAGUGCAGCAAGGCCAAUUCUCACAGAAACCCCCAUAUGUGCACGAGUGGGAGGGGGAAAGAGAAAAAGGUGAUCAUGGAGGAAAAAGGUACUGGAAACAAGUAAACUUCAAACCUGAGGGCGGGAGCACUAAAACCAAAAUACAUGUAUUAUUUAUAGAAAAUA